AUGGGUGUUAACGGGCUCUGGACGGUGAUCCAGCCGUGCGCACGGCCAACCAACCUGGCAACGCUCAACCGAAAGCGUCUGGCAGUAGAUGCGUCGAUAUGGAUCUACCAGUUCCUCAAGGCCGUUCGCGACAAAGAAGGCAAUGCGCUGCGCAACUCUCAUAUUGUGGGCUUCUUCCGCCGCAUCUGCAAGCUCCUCUGGUUCGGCAUCCAGCCAGUCUUUGUCUUCGACGGCGGCGCCCCGGCGCUGAAGCGAGCAACUAUCCAGAAGCGCAAACAGAGACGAGAGGGCAGGCGGGAAGAUGCCGUUCGAACGGCGGGAAAGCUUCUCGCCAUCCAGAUGCAGCGGCUCGCGGAAGAGGAGGAGGAAAAGCGCAAAAGGGAAAAGGAGAGGCCGCGCGCAUCAAGAGCAGCGGAAGAUGAAGAAGUCAUACCCGAUGCCAAGGACUUGGUCUACGUCGAGGAGAUUGGCAUGUCUCAGCAGGAGAGGAUGCGGAACCGCAAGUUCUACAAGCAGGAUGCCUAUCACUUGCCAGAGAUCGAGGGUGGAAUCGCGUCGAUGGGGAAGCCAGAUGAUCCUCGCAUCAUGAGCGUGGAAGAACUGGAGGAAUAUGCGCGACAGUUCAACAAUGGAGAGGACAUCAACCUGUACGACUUUAGCAAGAUUGAUUUCGACGGCGACUUCUUCAAGAGCCUUCCGCCGCCGGACAGGUACAACAUUCUCAACGCGGCUCGGUUGAGGAGUCGGCUCAGAAUGGGUCUCAGCAAAGAACAGCUCGACGACAUGUUCCCAGACCGAAUGGCCUUUUCGAGGUUCCAAAUUGAGCGUGUCAAGGAGAGGAAUCACCUGACGCAACGGCUGAUGUAUGAAAUUGGCAUGUCGGGUACUGACCUGACACUCGGCGUCAAUGCUCGCAUUGCCGGUGAGAGAGACCGAGAGUACAUUCUGGUCAAGAAUGAGGGUGUCGAGGGAGGCUGGGCUCUCGGAGUCGUCAGCAAGGACAAAGACGUUGGGCAAGCUCACAAACCGAUCGAUGUGGAUGCCGUUCAGUUUCACUACCAGACCAAGGAUGAGAAAAGUGAAGACGAAGAGGACGAGGAGGAUGACUUUGAAGACGUACCUAUCGAGGGAUUCAACCGGUUACGCAAGCUAUCCCAGUCAAAUACAGCGAGCCGCGAAGCUGCACAAGGCCUGAAUACUGCCACUACUGAAAGCAACGAUGAAGGCUCCUUGUUCGUUGGGGGAAGAAUGGAUCUCACAGAGGCUUCAUUUGAUGAGCAAACCGGGGAACGUAUGCAUCCAGAAGAGGAGGAUGAUCUCAAUUUUGCCAUUGCUUUAUCCCUACAGAAUCAACAUGGCAUCGGUCAAGAAUUGGAAGACAACGCCGAUGCUGAGGACGACGCUCGAGACAAGCCAGAGUGGACCCAAGUCGCCGUGGAAGCGCCAAAGCCCAUCGGCCAUCGCAGCGGCUCCAUGAUUGCGCAUAUUGUAAACAACCGGGCCAAUGCAGCUGUACCCAAACGCCAUGAAGCUCCAGCCGAAGAGGCCAAAGCAAAGGGCAAGGACAGCGACAGCGACGAUGAUAUGCAAGCAGUCCUGGCGCGAUCGCGGAGGAUGAAGAAGUCCCAGCCAAAGCCAGUCUUUGAAAACAAGAAGAAUCCAUUCGACGGACCGUUGCCGUUCCCAAAGCUGGAUUGGGGGUCGUCUCUUUUUGCAAAGAAGAAGACGACGCCUGUAGAAGAGCCAAUUGUGAUUACAGCAGGUGGCGAUGGUGGGCCGGAUAAAGAGGAAAGGGAAGAAAAAGAAGCCUUGGGCGGCGGCUUCGAGGUUGAACCGCAGCAGGAUGACGCCCCCAGGCCGCUACCUCCAUGGCUAGUGGACGACAGCACGGAUAUCCGGGAUGCAAUCAAGAAGCAGCAGGACGUUGACAGAGAGAUCAACGCUCAGGACAGAGCCGAAGCGGAGGAAGAAGAGAAGCUCCGGCGACGAGAGUUGCGAGACCAGUUGAUUGAGAUUGAAUCUUCGGAUGACGAGGGCACGAAGGGUGUUAAGAUCAUUGAGAUACCACCGUCCCCCGAAGCGGCACCUGCAGAUGUCAACGAAGAUCGCGAGGCGGAUCCGGACAUGAAUUCGCCCACUGCCAAACCAGCCGAAGAGGGGGAGACAAAAGUAGACGAGGUAUCUCCGGAGCCUGAAUUUGAACAAGUUCCCAUCCCCGAGGCCCCCGCUGCUCCGAGCAUUCCCGCUGUCGAAGCACAGGAGACCCGUGACUCACCGGAACCCGAGUUUGAAGACGUUCCACCACCAGACAUCACAUCAACCCAAGAAGAUGCGCAAGCAGCAGCUUUCCUAAACGAGGCUGUUCCUUCAGACCAGCCGCCAGCAGAAGCUACCGUUGGCAGCACCACGAUCACGGACGACGACCUCUUUGCCGAUGUUGAAUAUGACGAGUUCAGUGAUCCUGAGGAUGAAGAGCUCCUAGCGCAGAUGGCCGAAGAAGCGGAGGAACAUGCUCGCUUCGCCAGCGAACUGAACAACAAGUCUACUCAGCAGAACAAGGAAGACUACGAGAGAGAACUGAGGGCCCUUCGAAACCAGCAGAAGAAGGAUCGGCGAGACGCGGAUGAAGUGACGCAGACGAUGAUUGCAGAGUGCCAGGCCUUGCUUCGCCUCUUUGGCAUCCCGUACAUCACGGCGCCGAUGGAAGCAGAAGCGCAGUGUGCGGAGCUGGUCCGGCUGGGUAUGGUAGACGGCAUCGUCACAGACGACUCGGAUACCUUUCUCUUUGGGGGAACACGGGUCUACAAGAACAUGUUUAACAGCAACAAGUUUGUCGAAUGCUACAUCAGCUCGGAUCUCGAGAAGGAAAUGUCGCUAUCACGAGAGCAGCUCAUUUCUCUCGCUCAGCUUCUGGGGUCGGAUUACACAGAAGGGCUACCCGGCGUUGGUCCGGUCACCGCCGUGGAGAUUCUCUCCGAGUUCCCCGGCAAAGAUGGCCUUGAGAAGUUCCGUGACUGGUGGAAGGAGGUGCAGUCACAGACGCGGCCCAAAGAGGCUGAUGCAUCUUCCCCCUUUCGACGCAAGUUUCGCAAGUCACAGGCAACCAAGCUCUUCCUGCCGCUUGGCUUCCCCAGUCCAGCAGUCUACGAAGCCUAUCUGCACCCCAUGGUCGACAGCAGCACCGAGAAGUUCCAAUGGGGCGUGCCUGACGUGGCGGGGCUGCGAGAGUACCUCAUGGCCACGAUCGGCUGGAGCAAGGAGCGCACCGACGAGGUGCUUGUGCCGGUGAUCCGGGACAUGAACAAGCGGGAGAUUGAGGGGACACAGAGCAACAUCACGCGGUUCUUUGGCGGGAGCGUUGGUGCCGGCGCAAGGGAGACGUUUGCUCCCAGGCAGCGAGUCCAGGGGAGCAAACGGAUGUUGGCUGCGGUGGAUAGACUGAGGGCGAAUGUGGCCGGGGAAGAGGAGGAGGAAGAUGCGGGAGCCGGAGAUGGCUCAGGAGCUAAUAAGCGGAGGAAGACGACUAGAAAGAAGCGUGCGUGA